UUCUAGACAAAUAUUUUUUUUCGUAAGAAAAAGCUUCUCUGAGUCUGAAAUUCAGUGCCAAAAAGAAACCAACAAAAAUUUCUGCAGAAAAUCAGUAAAACGAUGAAGAUGACAUGGAAGAAGAAUACGAGCGACAGUAAAAGCAAGACGAGGAAACGACCCAUCUUAUUGAAUCCCAAUCUCCCGUUUGAAGACAUUAAUUCCAGUUCUGAUGCAGAUACUACGCCGGAGCCACUUGCGAACGACGUGGUUCAAGAGAAAAUCUCGCUUCCCGAUGAAGAAGACGGCAAAAGGAAGAAUCUUGCUCAAGACUUCGAAGCUCAAGGGAAUAAACUUGCUGAGGAAGGAAAAUAUCGGGAAGCACUCGGCAAGUGGGAGACUGCAAUUACUUUGAUGCCUGAACGUGCUGUUCUGCACGAACAAAAAGCUCAGGUUUUGCUCGAGCUUGGUGAUGCAUGGAGUGCUUUGAAGGCUGCAACUAGUACAUCAUUCUUUUGUUUCCCUUUUUUC